CCUUUACUUCCUGGUGCGGAGGAGUAACCCAUCUGUAUGUGGGCCUGAGAGUGUGUGUGUGUGUGUGUGUGUGUGUGUGUUGUGGGCCGGGUCAUGAGACUGCAGGGGUGUGUGUUCUCCUCCUUCAGUAAACUCGCAGCUGAAUCUCUCUCUUCAGCAUCCAGCAGGAGGAAACACGUGUGUCUGCUCUCUCAGUCCGCUACCAUCAUGGCAGAGGAGGCGAAGAAACUGGCCGCUUAUGCCGCCGUGGAUAACCACGUUCAGAACAACCAGGUGGUUGGAGUGGGCAGCGGAUCAACCAUCGUCUAUGCCGUGGACAGACUAGCUGAGAGAGUGCGUCAGGAGAAGCUGAACAUCGUGUGUGUGCCCACCUCCUUCCAGGCUCGUCAGCUGAUCCUGCAGCACGGCCUCACGCUGUCUGAUCUGGACAGACACCCAGAGCUGGACGUGGCGAUUGACGGAGCAGACGAAGUGGACGCAGAGCUGACGCUGAUUAAAGGUGGAGGCGGCUGCCUGACUCAGGAGAAGAUCGUAGCCGGCUGUGCUAAACAUUUCGUCGUCAUCGCAGACUUCAGGAAGGACUCCAAGGCUCUGGGCCAGCAGUGGAAGAAGGGAGUUCCUAUUGAGGUGAUCCCCAUGGCGUACGUCCCCGUCUCCAGGACGAUAGCUAAGCGCUUCGGAGGGGAGGCCAACUUGCGGAUGGCUGUCAGUAAAGCGGGUCCUGUGGUCACUGACAACAGUAACUUCAUCCUGGACUGGAAGUUUGAGCGCGCUGAGAACUGGAAGGAAGUCAACACAGCGAUCAAGAUGAUCCCAGGUGUGGUGGACACGGGGCUUUUCGUCGGCAUGGCUGAACGAGCGUACUUUGGCAUGGAGGACGGAAGCGUGCAGGUGCGAGAUCCUUCAGUCAACUGAGGGGUUUGUUCACAUUCACCGUCGACCCUCCGCUAGAAUGACAUCACUUUACCCACAAGUGCCGUGGUUAUGAUUUUAAAGCCGCUCUCAGUGUUUGGACAGAGCUGCUCCUCCUGCAGACCUGGACUAAACUCUCACACACACAUCUCAGAACACUUGGUUUUUCUCAUCCUGCGUGUGGUGCUUCUGACACUGUGAGUUUUAAAGUGCCUGAUGAGUCAAAUCAAGUGCUUCUGAUUAUUGUUUUUUCUUUGGCCUUCUGACCUCUGGUUUGACUGGAUGUCUGCAGAGCUGCGGUGAAUCAUUGCACCUCUGCAAAAUGAAACUACGGUGUGCCUUGAGAUUAUAUUAUAAGUCCUAUUGAAGUAAUUCUGCUAUUAAAGUUACAUUUAAAAGCGAAUAAUCCUACAUCAAUCUACUUGCCAUCUGCUAGCAUGCCGUAGCUGCAUUGUUAUCAGUCAGAAAGCUCAUAUGCCUUGAAGUCAUUUUGUUGAAUUAGAUCACAGUCAUCUGAACUCUUACCUACAACAUGGAGGAGCUACAUUGUUUUAAUAAAUUAAUUUCAGUCAUUAAUAUGCUAAUUUGAACUGAAAAAGCUCUAAACAUUAAUGAGCUCUUAGGUAAUUUAGGGAGACCCUGUGGUGCAGCAAAGAAGCUUCCAUUAUUUAAUUAUCGUGUUAGCGACACAAUACAGUGUCACUAAGACACCAUAUAGCACAGAGGCAGGCGGUGACGGAUACAGUGUGGAUGCUUCUUGCUUCUAACAGACAUUUCAACACAUGGUUUGACAAAUGCAGCAAAGAACAAAGCGGGUACUAUAAGUAGAAGAUGUCAAAGGGCAGUGAACCUCUCCACAGGAAAGCUUAAAAACCACCAACCAAAGGACAAAGUCUUCAUGUUGAGAGCAUGCACUCCCUGUUUAUCUCUGGAUCUGUUCUUCCUAAAGUGACAGCAGCAUGUUCAACGUUAGUUCCGUGUUUUAGUGUAACUGAAGUAUGUUUUUAUGUAUAAUUUCUGACAUUGAUCCAUGUUCAUCAUCUUAGGCGUUCAGCUACACUUACCAACAUAUUCACAUCAUCCUCACCAGAAGUUGUAGUAGUUGGAGGGUUCUGGACCCCCGUGCAGGUUAAACGGGUGUAAUAUAAGAUGUACAUUUCAGGAUUUCUACCUUUAAACAAACCCAUUCUGUUACCUGAUAUUCCUUCUUAAAGGCAUGUUUAACAGAGCAGGUUUAAGUUUCUGCCUCUAUGUUGAAAUGUGGGAUUUUCACUGCUCGCUGUGGUACGUACUCAUUAUAGGGAAGUUCUUCUCCUUGGCUGUUGAAACGUGUAAUAGCCACUGCUGUCGUGGAACAAUGGUCUGAUUUCUGAGUGAUGAAAGUUUGAGAAAUAGUUUCAGUCUGACUUCUAACAGCUGCACAUUUACACUACAGUCAGCAGAGUUCAAGUCUGCAGCCUCGCUGUUAGACAAACACACCGCUGAAUGUACAGUACCUGUGCCUGAAUGUCACUUGCGUCACAUUUCUCAUGCCUUACAUCAGUCAUCUGGUCGCAGGAAGACUAGUGCCAUCAACUUAAUGUUAAAUAUAGCGGGACGUGCGGGACAUGCCGAGGUAAUGGUGAUGGGCAGUUGUGCUAUAAAAUGGUCAUGCAUAAUUGUUAUGAUGGAGCUCAAAUCUAAACCAACAGCAACAAAAUCACAUGUUAUGCACCUCUGCACACCAAAGCAAUAGAAUAACCAGUUUUAUUUCUUUAUCACAACUUUUAUUGACAUAGCUGAUCAUGUUGUCAGACUCACCUCCAUCCAGUAUCGAUGCUUCAUUUAAUCGAAAAUCUAAAAUACUUAGAAUUUAUUUCCGAAACACUGCUACCCUCUUCCUCUAUAAAACAACAGCAUAUAUUUGGCAGCUCAUCCCUUUUCUUAAAAAUAAAAAGGGUAAGUUGUCUUUACUGUAACUUUACUAUCCAGUACAACCAUAAUUUGUUUUAAAAUGUUGCUAAUUUGUCCUAGAUUUCUUUUAUUGUAAGAUUGAGUUUUUCGCUCUGCUUUUGCCUUACACUUUAUUUUUGUAUGUCUAUGUUUUUGUAUGUUCUGCUCUGAGAGAUUUAAGAUGAUGUAAUCAGGCAAAAGCUAAUUGUCUUUAAACAACUGUGAUUAGGAACAGGGCACUAAAUGUUACUCUGGUCUCAUUCUACUCUCUUAAAAAUGAAAUGGAAGUGACUGAAUUGGAGGAUGAGUUAACUGAACAGAUAAUCUGUGGCCCAGUGUGGCUCCAACUUGUACACCAUGUUAGAACCAGCAUUUCUCUUAUUGCUUUACCAAUUGACUGUGAUGAUGAUUUUGCUGUGAAGGUACUAUUUUCUUUGUCAAACAAUACAGACACAUUAUGAUACCA